AUGAGAAUUGAUAAUCAUCGACAAGCAAAAAGUUGGGUUAUUAGACACUUAAUUAAGUCCAAAUACGAAAAAGUUGGUCAAACCUACCGUCCAAAGGAUAUAAUUGAAGACCUUCAACGAGAUUAUGGAGUGAACAUAAGUUACAGGCGGGCUAGUGUUAGGGCAUAUGGCGAGGCACUUAAGCUUGCAAAUCCAGGUACGAUAUUUGAGGUUGAAGUAGAGGACGAACAAUACUUUAAGUACGUCUUCAUGGCACUUGGUUCGUGUAUCAAAGGUUUUCUAAACUGCAGCCACUUAGUAAUCGUUGUUGAUGGGACCCAUUUGCACGAGAAAUACAAAGAUGGUGAGAACGAUGCAUCAUGGACUUGGUUCAUGACUCAUUUGAAGGCUUCAAUAAGAGACGUUCCCAAUUUAAUGAUUAUAUCAGAUUGUCACAUCUCAAUUGUAAAGGCUGUUGCAAGUAUAUUCCCUGAUGCAUUUCAUGCCCUAUGUAUAUACCAUAUUCGGAACAAUUUGGUUGACAAAUUCAAGAAUAAGGAAACAAUCCCACACUUCUACCUAGCGGCGAAAACUUAUAGAAUGUUUGAGUUUCAGAUGUAUUGGGCUAAACUCCAUCAAUAUCCUGGUGUGACGGCCUAUCUUGAAGAGAUUGGAUUAAACCAGUGGGCAAGGGUUUAUCAAGUCCAUUGUAGGUAUGACAAGAUGACGACAAAUAUAAUAGAAUGCCUCAAUGGAGUGUUGAAAGAUGCACGAAAACUACUAAUCACAAAGCUAUUAGAGCAUAUUCAGGAGUGGCUACAAGGUGGUUCUAUAUCCGACGUACACAUGCAAUGA